CCUAUUUUAUCGCUUUUAUUUAUUGUUGAACUACAUAUAGUUUUGUGUUGCAACGUGAAUUGAACCGUACAAUGGCAGUAAAUACGCUGUGAUUACUGGCAAAUUUCGGUUUUUAGUUAUUUCUGUGAUGAAACUUAUCGGACAUCUGAAUGGUGAAUCAACGUGAGCUACAGUUGUUUCGGAUACAAAUAAAUUAUCCACUUUUAAGUACUUACUGUACCUAUAACUCAUGUGCGCAAUAAUUAUUAAAAGCAUCUGAGACGGAGAUUGGCAAACGAAUUAUGCAUUGUGAAAUAAGCAUUUCAAACUUGCAAGUUAACUUUACAUUAUUUAAACUGAUGCAUAUAAAGGCGACUUUGCAUUAUCAAUUCGACCUCAAAAAGGUAACGAGUCUGACCUUUGCUUAGUGCAACUGAUGGAUAGCGAUAAAAAUCAGAGUGGCAGUUCAAAAUUCGAAAGUAUUUUUCAAGAUAAAUACAUGAUUUAUAAUCAGCAAAUAAUCAAGUCAAUAGGGUUAUCGUAAGAUAAAAAUAACAAACGUUUUGAAUAUCCACAAAUGUAUGUUCCGCUGUAAAGGUGUUGUAGUGUUUAGUGGAAGUGCAGUGAAUUAAACAAAAUGAUUCUUUUAGCUAUGGGAAGUUUGAUUUAUAUUUUAUUCGUGCCAUGGAAUGUCUUGCUACUGUUUAUAGUGUUUUUGGCAUCCAUCGGAAAAUCUCUGGGAGUUAGGAAGCUCUACAUCAAGAUCCUCUUAUAUGUCUUUGAGUUUGGAAGAAGAAAUAUCGAGCAUGCAAAUAGACAAAAACACAACAGAAUAAUAGAAGAUGAAUCUGAAGAUGAAGGAUUUGGGGAAGGACGACCGUCCAAAGGUGAAGCUAUUAUUCUCAGGACGGCUGUAGCUGAUCGAAAUUGUUUGAUAAGCCGAGAAAAAGAACUUAUUUUACUACCAGAAUUAUCACCAUCUCAACAAAAAACCAGUUUAGAAAAUGACGAAGAAAAAAAUUCAUCCGAAAAAAUCGAUUUCGAUUUGAAACAUUGGCUGCGAAGCUUGGAUUAUACGAAGAGUGGAAUCGAAUCGAUCAUUGAAGAUCAAGUGACCUCGCGAUUCGAAGCAGAAGAGCUAAAGAACUGGAACUUCCUCACUAGAACCAACCAAACAUACGAGUUCAUCUCUUGGAAACUCACUUUUCUUUGGAUCUUUGGAUUCUUUGUUAGAUAUUUGAUUCUGCUGCCACUGAGGUUGUACAUAUUUUGCUUCGGUAUAAUUUGGCUGAGUUUGACCACGCCUUUAAUAGGAAAACUCCCGGAUUCUUCAUUUAAAAGAUGGCUCAAUCACCGCUGUUAUCUGAUAGCCUUCCGAAUAUUAACACGGUCAUUAUCAGCAGUGAUUACCGUACAUAAUAAGCAAUGGAGGCCGCAGAAAGGGUCUAUUUGCGUUGCGAAUCAUACCAGCCCCAUAGACUGUAUUAUUUUAUCAAAUGACAACUGUUAUUCAUUGAUCGGCCAAAGGCAUGGAGGAAUAUUGGGAACAGUUCAAAGAGCCUUAAAUAGAGCAUCUCCUCAUAUUUGGUUCGAACGCUCUGAAGCAAAAGAUAGAGGAUUGGUUUCACAAAGGCUGAAAGAGCACACUUCCAACCCAAAAAAUCCGCCAAUGUUAAUCUUUCCUGAAGGCACCUGCAUCAACAACACCUCGGUCAUGCAGUUUAAGAAGGGCAGCUUCGAAGUUGGAUGUCCAAUUUACCCAGUUGCCAUUAAAUAUGAUCCCAGGUUUGGCGAUGCUUUCUGGAACAGCAGCAAAUAUUCCAUGGGCGAAUAUCUAUUUAUGAUGAUGACUAGCUGGGCGAUUGUCUGUGAUGUUUGGUAUUUACCACCAGUCCACCAAGAGCAAGGGGAAACUUCAGUUGAAUACGCAAACAGAGUCAAGCAAUUAAUCGCUCAGCAGGGUGGCCUGGUAGACCUUGUCUGGGAUGGUCAACUAAAGCGCUCGAGACCGAAAAGAGAGUGGAUGGAGAGGCAACAGGAAAAAUUGAGCAAGGAGUGGAAGCGAGACUGAGUUGGCAGUUUUUUGCUGAAUUGCAGUAUUUGUAAAUUAUUGUCUUUUUGGUUAAUCAUGAUUUUUAAAUAUAUGUUUUUGUAUGUUUGCCAAAAA